UUUAUGUAAAAAAUAGCAAAUUCAGUUCUAAAAUUAAUCAAUUGGCUGACGAAAUUAUGCAGAAAACAAUAAAUGAAGUACAUAAUGCAAUUUUAACGAUAAUAAUUUGUUUUAACCUCAUCAUACACAAGUUUUCUUCCACUGUGCCAACCGUGACAACGAGCAGAUGAUCGAGGGGAAAAACAAAAACACGAAAUACUUCCUCGCAUGAAACGACUGCUGGCCACAAAUAUAAGCAAAAUCAUGAAGUUUAUCGACAUUGGCGCCAACUUAACCGAUCCGAUGUACCAAGGAAUCUACAACGGAUCGGCCAAACACGAACCCGAUCUGCCGCAUGUGCUAGAGCGCAGCUGGACCGGUGGGUUGGACAAAAUCAUCAUCACGGUCGGGACGCUUGCCGACUGUGCGCCAACGUUUGAGAUAGUGAAGAACGAUGAAAGACUGUACGCCACGGUCGGCUGCCAUCCGACACGGUGCGGUGAGUUUCUGCCGGAUCCGGAAGGUUAUUUCGCCUCGCUCUGCCAGCAGAUCGAGCAGCACCGGGAGAAGGUGGUAGCGAUCGGCGAGUGUGGCCUCGAUUACGACCGGCUGCAGUUCUGCGACAAAGCGAUCCAGCAGCAGUACUUCGAGAAGCAGCUCGAGCUGGCCGCCCGGUACGAUCUCCCGCUGUUCCUGCACUGCCGCAACGCGCACGACGACUUUGCCGCCAUACUGCGGCGAAACCGGGACAAGCUGCCCCGGCGUGGUGUGGUGCACACGUUCGACGGUUCGCUCGAGGUGGCGGAAGCGCUUAUAGCGGACGGGUACGCAAUCGGCAUUAACGGUUGUUCGCUGAAGACGGAGGAAAAUCUGUCCGUGGCGGCCAAAAUUCCGGACGAAUCGAUCAUGCUCGAAACGGACAGCCCGUGGUGCGAGAUACGGCCGUCCCAUGCCGGCUCGAAGUACGUGCGCAGUAAAUAUCUUACGGUGAAGAAGAAGGAAAAGUGGGAAGCCGGUUCACUGAUCGCGGGACGAUGCGAACCGGUCAUGAUCAGCCAAGUGCUGGAAGUGCUUGCGGGCAUUAAGGGAAAGCCGGCGGCCGAGCUGGCCGAUCAGUACUACAAAAACACGGCAGAAAUGUUCUUCCCAUCGAAGGGUACUGACUGAACUUCACGAUCAUGCUGAUUCCCCCGUCGGAAGUGUGAUUGGCAAAUAAAUAAAUCGAGAUGAACGAUA